AUUUUCAGGAUCAGCUAGAAAACAGGAAAUUGGAGUAGGGAGAUAAUAAUAAAAUGGACGUUGAGCGUUUGAUGCAAGAUUUAUCAGUUGAUCAAUUACAGGAUAUAUAUUCCAAACUUUGCGUGGAAGUGGAAGAGAAAAAGGAAGAAAUGCGACAGAUGGUCGGUCGUCGUUAUCGAGAUGUGUUAGAUGCAUCAAGUUCAGUACGUCAUGUAAUGGAGAUUGCUGAUUCAUUGGUGCAAUGUGUUCAUGUUGUUCGAAAUACUGGAACUGAUCUUCCGUUUAGCACCGAACGUUCGAUAUCAAGUGCAAGACUUUGUCGAAUAUCAGCACUACCAAAAUUAUACUUAUUGAUUGGUGAAAGUGAUCCACUAUCAGAUGCAUUUAUUCUAGUACUUACUGAAAUUCUUCAUCGUAAUUUGUCUACCGAUAUUAUUCAAUCGAAAAAGUUUUCACGUCUGGUCCAUCAUAUGUCAGCGAAACUCAUACGAAUACGACUGAAGCUUGAAGAUGAGUUUACCAAUGGCUUAGGCGCAUUAUCUGCUACAAAUGAAACCUUAAAUCAACUGGCAGCAAUUGCAAUUCUUACAAAUUGUUCAAGCAAAGAUUUAUUGGAUAUUUUUAUUCAGCAAAAAAUGACAGCUAUUACGAAGUCAUUGAGUAGCUCGUUAUCGUUGAUUGAUUUGGUAUGGGAAGUUCGUCAAACUUUUGAAUGUUUGGAACAUAUUUUUGUUGAUGGUCAUUUAUCUGCAGUAUUACAAACAAUAUCCGCACCUUUCUGGAUCCCCAAAGUAUUGGAGAAAAUGAUGUGUGAUGAAAUACUCUAUUUUGGGAAAUGCAUCAAGGCAGAAAUCGCGGAAACAAAUGGUCACUGCAAACAACUUAUUUUGACACCCAUCGAGGAGAAUUCUUUGUUCACGCAUUGCAAUUCAUUUUUAGACAGUAUUUGUUCCGCGUCACACAGUAUUGUAAAGUUGAAAUGUGAUGUUAUGGAGAAUACAUCUUCAUUGAUUGCCUUCAUCAAGGUUCUCCUGGAAGCCUUUACUGAGAAAUGGCCAUUGGUUGGUGAUAGUACGACAGUAUAUCAGCGAUUUCUCGGAAAUAUGAUCAUCGAACGAUUCCAGAUCUCCAACGAUUCCGUUGGUUAUUUAUGUACGCGGAAUAUUCGAUCACAUAUUUCACGGCACCUUGAACAGUUACUUCUUUCGGUGUAUUCUGUCAUUGCUCAUUCUAGUGUUGAGCUAUCAUCUCGAAUCGUUCUGCAAUAUCUUUUCGAUAUUCGCUUCUUAAAUAUUAUCUUACCAAGCGGUGGUAUGCGUUCGCUAAUUCCUCUUUUAGAAGCAAAAUUGGAUCCGUUUGAUUUGAGUCUUAUCUCUAGCCCGCUUGGGAAAAAUGCUCGAGUGGUUGCUCAACGUCAUUCGAUCAUUUUUGCGCAUUUGCUUUCGGAUGUAAUAAUUAACAAGGAGCCUUCUUUAAGUGCAUCUUUUUCGGCUGUUGUUGAUAUUGUGCCUAGGUUUAGUGAUGCACCACGUCUUACACAUAUCCCGCGUUUAACGAAGAAUACGAAGUUCGAUGAUAUACCAUCCUCAGCUGGUGUAGCAGUUAUGAAAAAGAAGGAAUCAAGAACUCAACAACAGUUAGGCAGUAUCAAAGCUACACCGUCAUUUUCAUCAUUCUAUAAAAUCUCUACAAGUUGGUUUGGGAACAGUCAAAACUAA